CGGGACUUGAGUGUUUACUGUCUCAUUGACUGUUAAUCGUUGGAUAUGUUGACAAGAUGGAGUUCUUGCUGGGAAACCCAUACAGUACUCCGGUGGGACAGUGCAUUGAAAGGGCCACCGAUGGCUCCCUGCAAAGUGAAGACUGGACCUUGAAUAUGGAAAUAUGCGACUUAAUCAAUGAAACAGAAGAUGGGCCUAAGGAUGCUAUACGAGCUGUGAAGAAGAGGCUUAAUGGGAAUAAAAACUACAGGGAGGUGAUGCUUACACUGACGGUUCUUGAGACAUGUGUGAAGAACUGUGGCUAUCGGUUCCACGCACUCGUCACCACCCGGGACUUCAUAGAUGGCGUUUUGGUGAAAAUUAUAUCUCCUAAAAACAACCCACCGGCCAUAGUGCAGGACAAAGUGCUAGCUUUGAUACAGGCAUGGGCAGACGCCUUCAGGAGUAGUCCAGAUUUAACAGGAGUAGUCCACGUCUAUGAAGAAAUGAAGAGGAAGGGUAUUGAGUUUCCAACGUCUGACUUGGAGACCUUGUCCCCCAUUCACACACCACAACUGCUGCAAAGUGCUCCAGAGAUGGACCAGCCGAAAUACAGUGCCCCAGUCCAGCCCAAGCCACUGCCUCACCCUCACCCUCACCCUGUCUCUGCUCCUCCCUUCUCUGCCCCUGUGACUCACACCUCCCCACAGAUGCCCAAUCUGCCCAUCAACCCUUCCCCAGAACAGAUUUGCAAGCUGCGCAGCGAGCUCGACAUUGUACGCGGGAACACUAAGGUGAUGUCAGAGAUGUUGACCGAGAUGGUUCCCGGUCAAGAGGAUCCAUCUGAUCAUGAGCUUCUGCAGGAAUUGAACAGGACGUGCAGGGCCAUGCAGCAGAGGAUAGUUGAGCUCAUCUCACGCGUGUCCAAUGAGGAAGUCACGGAGGAGCUCCUGCACGUCAACGACGACCUCAACAACAUUUUCCUACGAUAUGAGAGGUCCUGAACGAGGCGACGGAAGAUAACCUGAUUGACCUGGGACCGGGGUCUCCUGCGGUGGUCAGUCCCAGGAUCAGCGCCACUCCUCCAUCCAGUCUGCCUCCCUCCGUCGCUGCUGUUCGCUCUGCCUCUCCGGUCACACUCUCCUCCAGACUGGCGGUUUUGGAUGUGGGUUCUGACAGUGUGACUGGCACCUUGAGCUCCUUGACUACCUGUCAACCCCAAGAUGACUUUGACAUGUUUGCCCAGACCAGGACUGGUACCAUUCCUGAGCGGAAGAAUGUACCAUUCGAAGACACAAAGGCUUCAAGUGGAGUGGCCCCGACUUUGGAUGUCAGACAGCAAAACACUGGGGCAGCUCUUGACCAGUCCUCUGUCAUGGAUGACAUUGAGGAGUGGCUCUGUACUGAUGUGAAAGGAGAUGAAGGAGAGGAGGGUGUAACAAGUGAAGAGUUUGACAAGUUUCUAGAGGAGAGAGCCAAAGCAGCAGAGAUGGUGCCCACACUGCCGAACCCCCCGAGCGACGAGCUCCCUGCUGCUUCCGGUGCUUCUGCCAGCGCAAGUAAAAAGCCAGGCAGGUCCGAGGACGCCCUCUUUGCCUUGUAGAUAAGUGUCAGAUUCUCAGGGGCGGCCCAGCUCUGCUCGCGUGGCAGUGGUGAGUCUGUCCCUUUGCAGAUCCAUCAGCAUCCCCUCUUUCUCUCCUGCUUCUCCAGCACAAUCAACAGUGAUCAGAACUGUUUCAUGGUAGACAUUUUCAUAAUGGACUUUUUCUUACUUUACCAAGUUUCCAUUCCAUUGAAAAUGCUCCACCGAGAACUCCCUGCCUAAAGCAUACCGUUCCGUGUGAGUUCGAGAGGUCAAUGUCUAUUUUUUUAAUUGGUAUUUGUGGUAUAAAGCAAGAAAAUUAAUGUAAUAGUCUAUUACCAGAUCCGGCCAUGUCUAUUUUUUGUGUUCUCUGUGGUCCUGCAUGCAACAGCUGAAUAAUCCUAUUCCUCAAGGACAAUCUGUAAAGGGAGCUGAUAAUUGUUUUAACUUUAUCUACCGGAAGAUUUGCUUUAAAGGGAUGUUAUAUAAAGGAUUAUUUAUUAUAAAAUUUCCAAUUAAUACCUCUGACAAGACAUACCAUAGCAGAAAGAUGAUGGCAGCAGUUCGAGUUAUUGAACGAGACAUGAUUUUUGCGCAUAUUUCUAAUUUAUUCCAAUUUAAAGCUGAAUAUUUAAAAGGACUUCACUACAUAGGUCACAUCAAAAGGGAAAAUGAUAUGAUUAUUAUUUCAAUGGAUUCUUUUAAGGUUAUUAUUUUACUUGGCCCUGUAGAAAGCAUUCGUAGGAACAAAAAGUAUGCAUUUCAAUUUAAUUUGCACUGAAAGAUUUAUUCGCCUUUCGGCUGUGUUAACAGAGCUUUUGUUCAAAUGCAAAAUUUAAGCUGUCCUUCAUUUCAACGCUGUCUAUUACGAGACCGAAAAGCAAAUGGAGUUUCUAGAGAACUGAUGGUGACUGCAAGGCAGUUUAAAUUGGAUUUUACGUCCACAAGUGCUGCAGAAAGGGUGUCGAGCUUAGCGUUGUUAUUAAGGAAUGAAAUGAAUCUGCCUUAAAGAACAGAUUGUGGCUUGUUUAAGGUGUAGUCCACUAAUGAUCAUGUAACGUUUGGUACUCUUAUGUUUGCACACCAGACAUUUGAUUUAGCGAGGUGAAUGUGCUGAUGUAAUAUCUUUAGUUCGAGGGCUGUCAGCAGCGUCUCGCUGUUCUGUACAUACGGUUUUGACGGACCAAAUGUUUAACCUUAGCAAAUAAUUUAAGUGUAAAGUAAGUCAACUAACUUAAUUAACAACCAGAUGUGUUUUAGUUGUGUUUGUAUUUGUGCAAGAUUUUAUUUGUCGAUACAAGUGAGCACAAAUCAAAUGGACGGUGCACUUUUGCAUGGCUAAUAAUUGUAUAUGAUUUGUCACACACACUACACGAAAUACGUAUUAGAAAUGAAAACGACCCCAGAUCUUUUUAGAAUCGAAGCUUUGGCCCUCAUAAUUUCAGUUCUAAAACUGGGUGUUUUUGACAUUUCCGCCUUUGGGAGAAUCAUUGGGAGUUCAUUAUGCUGUGUUUGUUAAUGUUAAUGUUAGUUACCGCAAAACUGAUAGAUCUGUUAAAGCAAUUUUAAGGGAAACUGUUUAAGGAGCUACGCAAAGCUGAAGCUGUUGUACAUGCAGCAAUAAUGUCAUAUUUGUUAAAGAGCUAAGUAAAGGGAUCCAGUUUUAUAAUACUACAAUAUUGUGGCUUUGUUCUGUUGAUAACAGGAGCUUUGAGGGACGCGACAUAAUUGUGGGGACUUGAUUUAUUUAUCCCCCUACACAUUAUUAAUAUGUACACUAAAAACAGAUACAGAUUUUCAACUCAUUUAAAUGCUGUUGUUAUUGUUUUUGACUACAUCGCUGAUAUGGUUUGAUACUGUUAUACAUCCAUGGAUGUAUCUUUUGAGUUAUUUAUCACUUUAUUAGCAACUACCUUCAAUUUCUCAGCAAAUGUGCAAUUUCAUCUAUCAAUGCUGCACUACAGUUUAAAAUGGUUUUGGCUGUAAAUUAGUCUCAGAAAUGUACAGUUUGAGAGUGUAAAAGAAAUGUAUUUAGCGUCUUUUAUUUCAGAAGACAGUAUUGGUUAUUUUAACUUUAUAUUAGUAUGAAGGAAUUGUAAACCCCAGAAUCAUAGGUUUGGAGUUUUCCGCUCUUGUGUCUUGUUGCAGUUUGGAGUGAAACUGUUUCACUGACUUUUUUUGUUUUUUUAGGCAGACAAAAAAAAUUUCCCCAGCAUGUGGUCAGGUUUUGCCAAUGUCUUCAGUAAAAGAAACCCUUUUGUACCUUUGAGAGCAUUUCUUUAUUGGUACGGCACUUUUCUUCUCUUUGAUAUGUAUUUGGAGUUAUGUGUGUGUGUCUAUCUAUAUGUGUGUGCACAACCGAUCCUGAUAUCUGCUGCAGACACCAUGUUUAUCCCGUGUUUACCAAGGGACGGGAAGGAGAGAAUCUAGCUUUCCAACAUGACACAUCUCUAUAAAGGGAGUGAAACUGCAGUGUGUGUGUGUGUGUGUGUGAGUGUGAAGGGCUGGCGUAAGCUGUACUCUCUAACCGGUGAUCAUUUCUCUGGUCAAUCUUGGUUUUACAGAUUGUACUGGUGUUGGUCUGUGUGCUUACCUGUUGUUAUACCUCAAGCUGCUCUCUGUACUGUUUGAUUCAUGCAUGUUGAACUCCAAUAAAACAUACCAAGAUGGUGAUCUGUUA